GUUUCUGUGCAAAAUAUUGUCGCAGUUAAAAGUUAUCUAGAAACUCUCAGAUUUAGUUAUGCCACGCCACACCACUACUCCACUGUGUUGAGGUUGGCAGCUAGAUUUUUAAAGUUAUCCUUGUGCAAUGUGAUCUUUUAGAAUCGCCCGCUUUCUCGUUUCUGCAACGCGUGCAUUUAGCUCGAUAUUGACCCAGUUUGGAUAUUUUUUCGUAGUUAAGCGACCCUCGCAGAAUGUCACCUUUUGCCGUCUAUUUAACUGAGCGUAAUGUAAUUGGGUUUUAUUGAAAAAUUCACUUAUCUUCAAAGUGUGGAUGAUUUGGCUGGCAAAAGGAUAUAUUUGCACUCAAUCCCUAUUGAUCCUGAAGUGAUGGUAGGUUCUUGAGCCUCCAGUUCAGGUGCUGAGGGUGCAGGUCUUGGUCAGGGAGUUCCAGAUUUCGCCAUAAAAUGAGAAAAUGCUGUGAACAUCCAGCAGGCAGCAUGAACAGCUUGAUUUCUCCAGCACGCGUUCUGAAGAGCUUAAGCACCUGUAGGAUCUUUUGGAUAAAGUAUGCAUCACCUGAGCUGCAUGAAGCAUGGAAUGUGAGAGCAGCCCAAAGGAAUUUCUGUCUGAAAUUCGACACUGUUGAGCCAAAAUCUAAAAGACUCUGUGAGCUGCCAGCACUGCAGCAAAAAGCUCUGCUUGUAGGUGUAAGAUACAAAAGUAACAAAAGCUCAAAGAAGGCCAGAAGGCGGAUGUUACAAGAGGAGUCGGAUGAAGAAGAGGAUGAUCCCGAGAAAAGUGACUAUGAGGACGAAUCGGAGGAGGAAGAUGAUGACACCCAGCCGAAAGCUUACAAAGACCUUGAGAAAAUAGUACCAUCUUUCAGAUUCGACCUCAUCAUGAAAGCUGGUCUGGAUAUAGCGAGGAACAAAGUGGAAGAUUCCUUUUAUAGUAACAAGCUGAGACUGAAUGGAGAGAAGUUACUGAAGAAAAGUAAAGUGGUGAAAGAGGGUGAUGUUCUGGAUCAUCUGAUUGGGGAGGAUAAGGAAGCUGAAACAGUCACUGUCAUGAGGGUGAUGGUUCGGAAGAUUGCUGAGGAAACGACAAAUACAGAGAAACACCGAGUGAUCUUGAGACGCUGGAAAAACCUGCAGCUGCCCAGAGCAGAAGUAUUUAAAUAAGAUUCCACUGUCCGGCUAGAGGAGGGCUCUCUGUAGCCUGACUGGGAAAUGAGAUGCUGUCACUGACGAAACACAAGGCUCCAACAAAACAGCUAAUAAUGUGGCGGCUUUUCCUGCUGUUUCCCAGGAUAACAUGGGAUAUUGAUAAUUAUUUGCAUUUAUGUCAUGUUCGUCACACGAUGAUCAUUUCUAAACGUUUCACAAUGGGACACAUCGACAGCACACAGCAAAGGAAGGAAUUCAGAGCGCUGCUAGAGAGCUGAAGGAGAAACCAGAGAGGUUAUUUUUCGGAAAGGCUUUUCAAAGAUCGCAAAAGAGGUUUCGGAAGAGAAUUCCAGCAAUCAAGCGACCGGAAAAAUCAGUCUGAUGUGACGGUAGGAAGGGAACGUAGGACAAAAACAGUAAUCUGGAGCCUGAAAGAGCUGGGGUGGGAUUAGGUCAGGGGAAAGGUAAGGUCAGUCAGAUGGAACAAGGCUUUAGCACUAUUUGUAGAUCUGAGCCAAGAUCCUGAAAGCCCGUUGAGCUUGGAGGGGACCAGGGGAUGACAAUUGUGCUGCACUUUUGGCGGGAACGUGAACUACUGAAUCUUCAAUUUAUUCAGAUUUGUGUCAGUAGAGGGGCAGGUGAGAAGCACGAACAAUUGAGAGUGCAGAAACAGGCUAUUCAGCCCAUCAGGUCCGUGCUAGUGCCCACCCUAAAACAGCAAACAUUUUGUUAACUGGCAGCUAUGGGACCAGGAGUGUGCCAUUUAAUGAAGAAGUUCACAUGAUCAAUGUAAAAACACACACUAAGUAAUAGAAACAUGUUCUGGGGAGUAUACGUGUCACUGUUAUACUUUAUUUACAGCAUAAAUCACUUAAAUAAUAAUGCAACUCCACCUUAAAUAAAACUUGCUGGCAGAGAGCCUUCUUACUCACACCCUCAACUGAGUGCUUGGACAUUGCGGAGAUUGUGAAAAUACAGGAAACUCAGCAGUAUUUAAGGUAUAUAAUUUUUGCCGGCUAAUUGAGAGUGCUGGUUCAUGAGAGUGCUGGUUCAUAAGGUGCUGGUCAAAACAAAGUUUGCUGUAUAUUUUAAUUUCGCCGUCUAUCAGGCAUCGUCCCUUUUAAAAGUAUUUAUGGAUUCUGUUUUCACCAUUUUCUUGCAGAAAAUUCCGAAUGCUAGCCACCCGCUGUGUGAAAAAAGGAUAUUUCAGGGCAUUCACUUUAGUCCUUUUGUCAACAUUAUAAAUUUGUGAGCUUCAUCCCCAGCUCUAUUUCCCUCUUAUAAUAUUUUUAUCACUGUUUUAUCCUACGUGAAGAUUCCUAUCAGAUUGCUCCACAGUCUCCAUACUCUUGUGAAAUCCAACCCUAACCUCUUGCACCUCUCUUUGUAACUCUGAUCCCUGGUGAUGAACCACAAUGAUCUUUAACGUGAUAAAGCGAUGGGAUAUUGGUAGUGGUCAGGAGAGUUGGGCUUCUUCUACUGCACCGAACAUCUGACCUAGCCCCACCAUGCAGUAUUACUGCAGUUUACACAUUAUCAACCUCUAGAAAACUUUUUGACCUACAGGAGACAGCCACAGUGCAUUGGCAGUUAUUUCAAUACAUUUCUAUUAAGUUGACGAAUGCCUGGGCUAAACUAACAGGAAAAUGUUGUAGGAGUUUUCAGCUGCAGUCAUUUCUCGACCAUUCGAUACUGUGUUGUCUGUCAGUGAUGCGACUGUCAGCUCCUGCCUGCUGAUACUGUCCACUAGUUGGAACACGGACAAGAGCAGUAGGGGGCGGUUUCUCCCAGAGAGCUUGUCUCCUGUGCUAUAGGCCAGAAGCUAGCUUUCAGUCAGUCAGCCAGCAGCUCUCCAAGGCAACAUGGACAGGCACUGUGCUGUGUCGGGAGGCCUGGAUGCCUGACAUUCUAGGCUACAGUGCACUGAAGGUCUGUGCCCUAGUUUAGCAUUUUACAGGCACUCAUUGUACUGAUAAAAGCAAGUGUACUUUGUGCCAUAAUUAUUAACUUUUUUGUUAACUGCAGGACUUCUACUGAAGUCAACUGAAUUCAGUUCUUCAGUUGAAAGCAUUCCUCGGGCUCUAAUUAGAAUGAUCUAUGUCAGCUAGUAUAGCAAGGAUUUGAAUUUCCAUCCCAAACUCCCCUGGGAAGCCUAGCUAAUCCUUCGGAGACCACAGUGCAACUGAGUUCCAGUUAGUCUCUCCUGAUUUAGUCUUGAUGUUUCAGGCACUGUUUGAUUUCCCCUUGGUUCAUAUUGUUAAAUACCGGAUAGCAGGCAUUGAUUGCAGGGCAGCACUCUAACAUGUGACAUGGAGGCAGUGUCAUAAUCUUCAGCAGUACUGAGUCUAUAAUCUCAUGGUGGGCUUCAAGUAACUAAACAAACGAGGAUAAAUCUUUAGGGUUUUAGUACCUUUCCUGGAACUCUGAUGUUACAGCAUUGAAAUUACUUUGGUAUCACUCAAAACAUGUACCCAUUCCUUCCCCAUCAUGUUUGGUGGCUUCUGGCACAAUGGUAAAUACAUUUAAGCGAGUUUCUUGCACUGCAUCUUGUGCAAGUUUCUUGCCGACAAAGCAUUUAAACUAAUUUAGUUGCCUGCAGAAACUCAUCAACAAGACCGUACCUGAAGACAGAAUUCAGUGGUCCUUGACAUUCUGGGAGCUAGAGACCGUGUGAGGAACAGUUUCACCUGAUAGUGGGUCAGAAAGUGAUCCAGGAUACCAGAUCUCUGCUGCUGUAGGAUUCUGCCAUGUUUUCAACCCAAGACGGAAAUUCCAGGCAGGGUGCCAUGCACUUUAAGAAUAUUUGACUCUCUUUUCUUUCAGCCAUUUGCAAAUGAGAAAUUCCAAAAAACGACUUUAUUGCACAGGAAUCAAAAUAUCUGUUUCUACCCUCUACUGUACCUUUGAAAUAACACUUAAAAAAAACUUAAUAAGUCCUGUAAUUCACCCAAGUGUAGAUUUCAGUAAUAAAGAGCAAUUGCACCUUGUUGCCAUAAAGUGCCAGGCACCUGCAGGAUAAUUCAUUGUGCUGUGGACCUGAUAAGAUGUCAUAUCCUCCUGAUCAAGGAUUAUGGAGCAAACGUGGGUAAAUGGAUCUCAGAUACAGGUUAAAUGUGAUCUGAUAGAAUCAGCUUGGAGGGCUGAAUGGCAUUCUUCUGUAAUCUAUAUAUGAUCUGUGAUACGUAAAAGUCUAGUGCACCUCUGGCAAACUCCAGACACCAUGCUUUGUUUCUUCAUGAAGCCUUUAUUUUUAAAACAACAAAAAGCUAAUCAAUCUGGAGCCUAAAGAUAACCAGUACUUCUAACUGUUCUCAACAGAUUUUUCAAUCUUCCCCGUUAAGAGCAGUAACUUUAAAAAAGCUGCAGAACUCCUGCGAUCAAUGAUAUGUUAUGGGCUGUAUUUUCUUGAUACACAGGAGUUGGUUAUAUAGUGAGAUAUUACAUUUAGCUAAUUAUUAUUACAACUGCAAACAGUGCAGUGCUAACAAAGUGUAACAUACAAUAGUGAACACAGUAUCAAGGUAUUAUGGUACCUUACUUCUGUAUGUUAUUAUGGAAAUAAAUAUUUUUUUAAACCUA